AUGAUUCUCAACCAGCCGUCUACGGGCGGACUCACGAUGUACCAGACGCGCUUCAAGCUUCUCCGCGAGAGCACUUCGACGAUCUGCGGAAUUGCUAUGGCGGAGCAGGCUCAGAAUCUGCCAUCGGCUUUUGUCAGCUUCCAAGCUAUAUACGCAGCUCGAGAAGAGCUCGGUAAAGACACUUUGUGGCUGGGAGUUGAACUAGACAAGUAG